GAAGCAUACCUUGUUUAUAUACUAAAUGAAAUGGCUGGACAAACAGCAAUCGUCUUUUGCGCCACAUGUGCAUCAGCGCUGAAGAUUGCGCUGAUGCUGAGGCAACUUGGUUUUGGUGCAGUGCCUCUGCACGGGCAAAUGAGUCAGGCCAAACGACUUGGCUCAUUAAACAAAUUCAAGAGCAAAACAUCAACGAUUCUUGUUUGCACUGAUGUCGCAUCGAGAGAGUUAUAA